CUUAGCAUGGGAUCCACCUGACUGUGAGUGGCACACCUGACACUGACCUAAACCCACACCAUCAAACCAGCACCUGACUGCCUGGCACUGGAUCACAUCUGGAUGCUGACUUGGGUGCGACAUGUCCAAGGGCUCAACUUCAAGCUUUCCCCCUAGCUGCAACCAGACCCCAGCCACAUCCCAGGCUAACCCACACACCAGCGAAUGUGUGGGAGCUUCCUGCCAGCAGAUGGCACAGUCAGAGUGUGAAGAGAGCAGAGCGGCCUAUUUCCCCAAGCGAGAGAGCACCCCCUUCAGUCGAAGGAACACAGCAGUGGACACCUGCAGGAGACACAGCGUAGACGGAGCCACCAUUGGAUCUGGAUCGUGUCAAAGGUCAGGGCGGGGGUCAGACCAGUCUGGCCGUUUCCACCCCUACCGCCGACAGUACAGCGAUGAAGGGUCUGCUGGAUGCGUGGCCCCCAGCUCCCAUCCCUUCAUUUGCCUCAAUAGUUUCUCCGAAACACACACGGGCAGCAGCCACCAAGGGGAACAGCCACCCUGGGAGACGUACAGUGGCCUCCAGGUGAACAGACUAAUGGACUCCCAACACACAUUCCCAGAACCACCAGAGGAGCCUUCAUGCUUCCUGUCUUACAGCCAUGCCACCUACAAUCCGCUAGCUCCCCUCCAGCAGUUUUCACCAGGUACAUACUCCGCAAGUAGACAAUCAAACAAUUCACCAUACUCUCUCCAGUGCCUGUCCACACCACCUCUCCAAGACAGUCCUGUGACAUCCCUCUUCCCAAAACCUGUGUACUCCUACAGCAUUCUCAUCUUUAUGGCCUUGAGAAACAGCAAGACUGGAAGUCUGCCUGUAAGUGAGAUCUACAGCUUCAUGACCGAAAACUUCCCCUAUUUUAAGACGGCCCCUGACGGAUGGAAGAACUCCGUUCGUCAUAACCUGUCUCUGAACAAGUGCUUUGAGAAAGUGGAGAACAAGAGUGGAAACUCCUCCCGAAAGGGCUGCCUCUGGGCGCUGAACCCAGCCAAGGUGGAGAAGAUGCAGGAGGAACUGCACAAGUGGCGCCGCAAAGAUCCAUUGACAGUCCGCAAGAGCAUGGCCCGACCAGAAGAUCUGGACCGUCUACUGGGAGAGAAACCAAAUAAACUCAAGUCCACAUCCACCUACCACAGCCAAAACUCAACAUCCCGACCCUCAUCUCAUUUCACCCAUUCUCCAUCAUCUUUCCCCCUGCCCCAGCCUUGCCUGCCUCCCCCAUGCCCCUUACACUCCCGGGUCCCCUCUCCCUCCCUGACGGCCGGGCAGCAUCCCCAAGGCUACCUGCCAGCCUCUGCCCCACACCCCUUCCCCUUCUAUGCCUCCUGUGUGCAGCAGCCAUCCUCAGGAGUCCCCUCAACCACAGUUAGCCUGGACUCCCCUCUGGUGGGACAGAUGCCACAGGCCUACAGCACCACCCUGCAGGUGGACUGUGGUGUGGGCCCCAAAAGCAUGCAGGAACUGCUGAUGGAUGGGGACACCAGUAACGACAUUGACAUGCUCAACCCUAGUCUGACAGACCUGCAGAUUCAUGGUAACUUGUGGGAGCAGCUGAGAGAGGACAGUCUGGCCCCUGAUUCGCUGGUGGUCGUUACUUCUACUACUCCCAUCUCUACCUUUCCUUCCUACCUUCUUCAGGGCUCCAGCCUUCCGUCUGCUAAUCAUUCAUCUGAGGUCAUAGCCAUUGGUCGAGGUAAUCCACACCAGGAUAAGAACAUGGGUCUUGGAUGUGACCCAGACCACCAAAUGAAUGGAUUGUACACCACUGCUUUCCCAGUUGUGGAAAACCUGGCUUUGUAUCGCACUUCCACAGGGACCACCCCUAUACCCCUACUCUGAACCCAGGAAAUGGUGCUUCUUCUGGGAGCUUACUCCCCAUGUGAUUGUGGUAGUUCACACUGAGGAUUUGUGUAUUGUAUCUUAUAGAACAAUCAUUUGGUUAGUACAACCCAAGACCCUGUGGGGGGCGGCAGUGAGCUAAACAGCCAUUUAAGCUGCUAGUUAACAGACAUAUGAAGAUACAAAUGGAUUUGCAAUUGCAUUAAUUACGAUGUAGCUGUCGUAAAAUGUUUUUAUGAGUAUAAACCCCAUGUACCUGUUGUAAUUAUGUAGUUAGUCCAUUUUCCACUAAAUGCCUACAUUUUUCUAUCUGAAUAUCUUCACACUGUUGAAUAAGGAACUUGGACAUGCUCCAUUACAAAAAUAUGGGCUGCUUUGCUGAGUGUUACUUCAUUCGAUCUGCUGUUCUUGCUCUUGAUGAAUGUACCAGCAUCAAUUCACCCAUCAAUUCACCUAACUUGCUAAACAACAUUUGGUUUGAUGUCAUGAAAAACUGAAAAUGUAUUUUUGUCUGCAGG